GCCGCCGCUCUCGUCAGCGGUCAGACCCAAACACAGAAACGUCUUCGGUCGCAUCCCAGUUGACAGAUUUCGAUCACUGACAUCUUGCCGGAAUCUUCGGUCACGAUGACGAUCCAGCAGGAGAUUGGCUUCGCCAAACAUCUUCCCACACAGCUUCACCGGAAAGCCGCCAAGAAAGGUUUCGACUUCAACCUGAUGGUAGUCGGAGAGUCUGGUCUCGGCAAGAGCACCCUAGUCAAUUCGCUGUUCAUGGCUGACCUCUACCCUGACAGGCGGAUUCCCGACGCGCUGGAUAUGGGCAAUGGGAAUACGGUCGAAGUUGAGGCCAACACAGUUGAGAUCGACGAGCACGGAGUCAAGGUGCGCCUCACUGUCAUUGACACGCCCGGCUAUGGUGACAGGUUGAAUAACGAGAACUCGUUCGAGCCAAUAAUCAAGUACAUCAACGACCAAUACAACAGCUAUUUGUGCAAGGAGAGUGGGAUAAAUCGCAAGAAUAUCGUUGAUACGAGGGUGCAUUGCGUUCUCUACUUCAUUUCUUCCUUGGGAAGGGGACUCAAACCAUUGGACGUCGCAUUCAUGAAGGCACUCCAGGACAAGGUCAACAUUAUCCCUCUCGUCGCCAAGGCAGACUCGCUCACAGCCAAAGAAUGCGAAGCUCUCAAAGAGACAAUCCGACAAAAAAUCGCCGACCAUGGAAUCCAGAUAUACGACCUGAUGCCAGUGGACGAUGAUCCGUCGUUGGAGGAUCCAGAAUACGUCAAGGAGAUCAGUUCCCUCAGAGCGAGCUUCCCUCUGGCCGUGUGUGCCGCCCAGGAUGUGCAAGAGGUGAACGGACGACAGAUUCGGGCUCGGCGAUACCCCUGGGGGUCCGUUGAGGUUGACAACGAAGUCCACUGUGAUUUCCAGAAACUCAAGACCAUCAUCAUCCACCACUUGGAGGACAUGAUCGAACGAACGGAAACGAUGCAUUAUGAGAAUUAUCGGGUGCAGUGCUUGAUGAACAAGGGCCUCAGACAACCGGAUAAGGAAAUUCUCGUGUUGCCCUCCGAUGACAUCCUCCAGAAGGAAAGAGAGCUCCAGGCGACCGAGAAGAAACUCCGGGAGAUGGAGAAGCAAAUCGAGAAUAUGAAGUUCGAAAUGGCCAAACAAGCCUCCCGCAGCAAUUUAGACUCAGCUUCGAUCAUCACAGCUUCCAGUGUCGAGGAAAAGGAAUAAUCGCUCUCAUCGAAAUCUCGGAAACGACUUGAUCGAGUCGUUCAAGCGAAAUGUGUUGCGGGAGAAUUUUUGAUCUAGAAUCAUACUCAGGCGUACGUUUAAAUCACGGGGAAUCUGUUACAGAGACGCCGAAAUAUCGUAAAAGCGUCGUUGGAAUGAUGUGCAGAGUUCCUUCGCGGCUUGGGAGGGAAUGGGUAUUUGAUAAUUGUUCGUCUCGCCACUAAUUGUGACCCAUCGUUGAGAGCGAGCUCACUGUCAAUGAGUUCUCUCAACGACCCUGAAACUGGUAAUUGUCGUUGAGAUGUUCAAACAUCGAGAGACAUCGAAUAAAACAAGAUUUUUCGGUGA